CUUUCAUUUAUUGACAGAAGUCUGUGGUGAAAAUCUUUUCUUAAAUUUUCAUUCUUCAGAUAUCUUUAGUUGAUAGUCCCGUUUCCAUGUAGUCGCUCGAAUAAACUUGGCGUGCGCGAAUAUUAGUCGCAGCCGUGAAUAGCUCGGAAAUCCUGAGCAAAUUCUACUGACUGUUCUCUUUAAUGAUACCACAGUAUCAUAUCCGGCUUGGUUGAUAAAAACUUACUCCGCGAUUUCUGAAGAAGUCAUGAUACGCAGGGGUGUCUCCAACAGAGGAGCACGAGCAAACGGUUCUAUGAGGGGACGUGGCUCACAGGUGAUCAGAGAUGCACGAUUUAAAAUAAUACAGAAGAACCGGGAGAAGCUGACCGACGCCAGGGACAAGCUUGCCGAGAUAGCGAAGCAGAGCGAUGCACGACUCAAGCUAGACAAGAUUCGUGCGUCUCAUUACAAGAAGAUAGAUACUCAGCUUUCAAGCAUUUCACGCAAGACUGGCCGAAACGGCAGAUUGUCGUUGUCGACGAAUAAAAUGCCGUCUUUGAUGCAGCAUGUGUUACCAUCUAAUAUGCCAACCAAUUAUAUGCAGCCUUCGACGAGAACGGUUGGGUACAGACCACCUCUCGCCGAGCCUUAUAUAGGAGAAAUGAAUAUGGAUUAUACUGAUGAUUAUCUGACGGAUUCUCCUUCGCUGAGGAGGACUGUGAGUAACGAAUAUGCACCAACACCUCCACCUCCACCUCCUGUAUUCAAUAUUAAUCCGAUUUCUCCUUAUACCUGGGUGAAGUCUAGAAACACUAAUGUUACUAGGAUUCCAGCUCGAAAAUCUGAGAUGGAAAAAGAACGAGAGAGGCAAAGAGAUUACAACAAACUCGCUGCACGCUCCGCGAUGGUAAAAACUGCUUCACCUUCUUAUAAAGAAGAUUGGAAUUUUGGCACAAAAUCAAGAACAAUUGUAGCAGAAGAAACAGCAGAUUCUAAGUACUACGAUUCCAGAAAUAUUCGAGAGGUAGGAAUUAAGUCACGUCUUGAUGUUUCUGGCAAUAAGACAAGAACAAUGAGUGUUUUAUCACGGCCGAAAGCAAGUUCCAGUUCAUCGGCGCAAUCGAAUGGCUAUCGAAUUGUAGUAUCCAACUUGCAAGCCAACGUCACGCAAGAAGAUAUUAAGGAAUUAUUCGAGGAUGUUGGAGAACUGCUCGUUUCAAGACUAGUUCGUCCAGGUACAGCGGAAGUAAUCUACAAAACACUAAAGGAUGCAACUAAAGCAGUUGAGACUUAUCAUAAUCGACAAUUAGAUGGUCAUCCAAUGAAAUGUCUUCUUGUUAAUCCACGAUCAAAAAAUAAUCCCACUGGGCCAGCCGUUCGGUCUCUUACGGAAUCGAGACGUAGUAUCAGCUCAAGUUAUGUACAACCAAGUUUAGGAGCGGUACAUCGCGCCUUGUUUGACGAUUCUUAAUCGACUGUAUCCAUUUUGAUAAAACGACUAAGUUAAUAUGAAGGAAAGAAAUGUCUUGUAUGUGUAAUGGACAUUACGCAGAUUAUUCUUAGGAAAGCGAAUGGAGAACCGACGAAACAUGCGUACUCGAUGUGCGCAACUCCAAUUCCCAAUUGUAAUUGUAUUAAUAAACUUAUACCACUCAUUAUCUUUGGUAGUCUAUAUGGUCUAAACGACCAAUAACACUGGAACGCUCGUAAAAUUUUUGUAAAUUAUUUUUAGAGAU